AUGAGCAGCACUCUGGAUCUUCUUCCGCCCAUAAUCCAAGACGAUAUCUUGAAGCAUACAAGCAUCCGCGACAGGUAGAAUUUGGUUAAAGUACUAAACUUUUCAAAUCAACCAUUCAGAGUGGUGUUGCAAAGAACAGGCCGCGACAUUCUCAAUGGAAAGAUCUUCCGGUACAAUUCAGUUUCGUUCAACCUCCAUUUGAACGCGGCUUUUUGGAAUGUCGUCACUGACGCCGGAGAAGUCACGGGUGUCGAGUACAACCGACAGGACGGCGGCGGACACAUGGUCUCCAAGAACAAAGAAAACUUCACAGUUGUGCCGGACGUGCACUUCGCGGAGCAGGCAAUGAUAGACUUUGCCGCUCUUUUUACCGGCCGCGUCAGCAUCGUUCAGGAUUUUGUCUUCUCGACUCUUUCGAUCAAUAACGAAACUAGACAGCAGAGCUGGGACCACAUCUUUAAGUGGUUCCCGAAGAACAGUUCGUUGAAGGUCAAGAACCUGUACUUUGUCCACGGAUUUCACCCGCAGGCAAUGGAACUCAUCGGCGCCUUCGAUGACAACUCACUGCAAAGACUCUCCUUUGACUUUCCGGGAAGCGAAGCUGGAAGCGUCGCCUUCCAACAGAGAUCCGAUUUCCCAGUGAUGGACACGAUGAUCCAGUAUCCUCAUUGGACUAAGGCAAAAAUUUUCACAAUGCACAUCAACUCCUUCUGCGAGUUGCCAAUCUCCCAAUUCUGGCACUUCGAUGUAUGCGAGAUUGGUCUGCGUGAUCUCUCCUACAGUGAUGCCCAUGAUCUGAUGGAGGUGAGCUCGCAAUCAACAAAGUAUUCAGUAUAGCUGUUCCAUUUUUCAGAAAUACCUCGCUUGUCCGAAUUUCCAGUCCUGCAGAAUCAGGUUUCCCAACAACAGCAACGCUAUCGAGACUAUCUCAAACGGCUUCAUGAACGAUUAUGGAAGUGUGAACUUGGCGUUUUCAAUGGAAGAAGGGGACGAUGUAUACAUCUCAGUUUCUCCUCAAACCAUCUCCGAGGGUCCCUACCACGAUAUUCGCGUUUUUGUGUUCCGCCGAUGUAAAAAAGUAUAA